AUGAAGUUCCUCGCCCUCGCAACCGCCCUGUCGGUGGCCGUCACCGAAGUCUCGGGCCACUACAUCUUCCAGCAGCUGUCCGUCGGUUCCACCAAGUAUGGCGUCUAUGAGAAUAUCCGGAAGAACACCAACUACAACUCCCCGGUGACGGACCUCGCCUCGAACGACCUGCGUUGCAACGAGGGUGGCGGCAGCGGUGCGAAGACCACGGUAGUCAACGUCAAGCCCGGUGAUUCCUUCACCUUCACCCUCGACACCGCCGUCUACCACCAGGGCCCCGUCUCUCUUUUCCUCUCCAAGGCCCCCUCCCACGUGCAGGACUACGACGGAAGUGGCAAAUGGGCCAAGUUCAAGGACUUCGGCCCGACCUUCUCCAACGGCCAGGCAUCGUGGCCCCUAAGAUUGACCUACCAGCACACGAUCCCGACGUGUCUCCCCAACGGCGAGUACCUGCUGCGUGUACACAACAUCGGCAUCCACAACCCGUGGCCUGCUGGUGUUCCUCAGUUCUACAUCUCGUGCGCGCAGAUCAACGUGACGGGCAGCUCUGCUCCGGCCAGCUCGUUCGCGCCGACUCUCAGCAUCCCUGGAGCUUUCAAGAACACCGACCCUGGAUACACCGCCAACAUUUACCAACCUGGCUUCAGUUCGUACGAGGUCCCUGGAGGCAAGGAGGCUAAAUGA